AUGAAUAAUGACUCAUUCCACUACUUUUCGCAGCUGCCUCCAGAACUCCGCCGUCUCAUCUGGACACACAGUCUACCACAUCGCAUAGCAGAAGAAGACAUUCCGGUCUUCCUCCUCGACGGCAACGAAGCCCGUCAAGCCUGCUGGGCCAGGCGUAUAACGCACCAAAACGCUCAGCCGCCGACCAUCGCAUUCGUCAACCGCGAGUCUCGGCAAGUCGCGCUGGAGCACGGCCGCUGGCUGGAGUCGCAGGAGACGACGAGUCUGGAUUCGAUAUGGGUGCAGCCGCGUCGGGACGUGCUGCAUCUCAACUGGACGCGCAUGCGCUACAACGUCUGGGGCAAUGCAGACGACCCGUCGAGCCCGAUCGCCAUGUUCUUGUGGCGCGCGGAGAGCCUGGGGAUGCCGCCGUCAGUCGUGGCGGAGAUCAUUCACCCUUUCCGCUUGAAGGCGCUGCUGGAGGGCGCUGAGGGUGCGGAUGCGUCGGACAGCCCCUGGCUUCUGUAUCGCGACGGAACCAAUAACGACGUGGCGGACAUUGCGUAUUGCGCGGAAAGUCCACGCCGGCUAGAUGUCGCCAUGGCGGCGGUUUCUCUGCACAUCCCCCCGGAAGCGGCUCGGAGGUCUGGCCUGUUUGGGUUGCUGGGCGAUGCGCCUGUUCAGAUGGUCGACGUUGGCGAUGUGACUCGGUUGAGGCAAUUUCAAGCCUUAUUCGUGGAACACGCCUUGGCCAAGGAACCGGCUGUGCAAGCGCUCUUCGAAGCACUUGCAGGUUCUCGAUUCCAGUCUGCCGUGGAGGUAUGGCAAAGACAGGCUGAAUGGAUCAUCCUCGCGUACAUGUGGCAGCGGGCACGGAUGGACAACGACGACCUUCUGGGGACGGACCCGGGCUCCGCGUGGGUGCCGUACCUGCCGGAGCGAGAGUUCCUCAGGAUGUCGGAGUAUUUGCCCGAUGAGAAGCAUCCGUGGGUCAAGCAGGCGAGGCAGAGUGCGCCCCAGCUGCGUCCGCGGAUCAUGGUGCGAUAUUGUACCAAUGAGUGUUAUCUACCGGAGCGCCUUCCUAAGCACUUUGGGACUUAUUGA